AUGGGUCCGGGACGGUUGUUUUUACGGAUGCUGCUGUUGGUGGUUCUGGGUUUAUUUUCUAGAGUUUUCUCAGCUUCAGAAGAUUCCAAAGAACAAAUUCCACAAGGAGCCUCAACUUUAGCUUUUGUUUUUGAUGUUACCGGCUCCAUGUACGACGACCUGGUCCAGGUUAUUGAAGGAGCGUCGAAGAUCCUGGAGACCUCUCUCAGCCGCCCUAAGAGACCGCUGUAUAACUUCGCACUGGUGCCUUUCCACGACCCGGAGAUCGGCCCAGUCACCAUAACAACCGAUCCCAAAAAAUUCCAGACUGAGUUGCAGGAGCUCUAUGUACAGGGAGGUGGAGAUUGCCCAGAGAUGAGCAUUGGCGCCAUCAAGAUCGCUCUGGAGAUUUCUUUACCUGGGUCUUUCAUUUACGUCUUCACGGAUGCCCGAUCGAAAGACUACAAACUGGCGCAUGAGGUCCUGCAGCUAAUUCAGCAGAAACAGUCCCAGGUGGUGUUUGUGCUGACUGGAGACUGUGAUGACAGAUCGCAUGUGGGUUAUAAGGUAUAUGAAGAAAUUGCCUCCACCAGCUCUGGACAGGUUUUCCAUCUAGACAAGAAACAGGUCAACGAGGUGCUGAAAUGGGUGGAGGAAGCUGUACAGUCCUCUAAAGUCCACCUGCUGUCCACUGACCACUACAAUCCAGUCAGCAACACCUGGCAGAUCCCCUUUGACCCAAGCUUAAAGGAGGUCACAGUCGCUUUGAGUGGUCCUGCCCCAAACAUUGAGAUUCACAACCCUAAAGGGAAACUAAUCGGGAGUCAAGAUGGCCUGACUGAACUUCUUCACAUCCCAAAUUCAGCCAAAAUUCUCAACCUGAAAGAUCCAGAGCCAGGAACGUGGUCCAUAAAGACAAUCAGCGAGGGUCGACACUCGGUGCGUAUCACAGGACUAAGCACCAUCGACUUCAGAGCUGGCUUUUCAAGAAAACACACUCUAGAUUUCAAGAUGACCUCCAGCAGACCCGUCCAAGGAAUCCCUACGUUCAUACUGCUGAACACCACGGGCCUCUUCCGUCCUGCACGUGCUGACCGCCUGGAGCUGCUGAGCAUCACCGGCGGGGUGAUAAAAACUCUGCCCAUUCGCUACUAUCCCGAACGCAAACCUUACGGCAUUUGGAACAUCACGGAGUUUGUUCCUCCUGAUGAAGCCUUCUUCCUCAGAGUCACCGGAUACGAUCGCGAUGGUUUCCUUUUCCACAGAGUCUCUAGUGUAUUAUUCUCCAGCAUAGUCCCAGGUGCCCCCAAAGUAAGUAUGCCCCCCCACACUCCGGGUUACUACCUACAGAAGGGUGAACUGACCUGCCAGGUUGAAAGUCUGAUCCCCUUCACCCUGCGCUUCAUUCGUGAGGAGCAGCGUCUGGGCGUGGACCAGAUCUUCAGCGAGUCGUCCAAUGUGUCACUGGAGAUAGCUCAGGUGUCUCUGAAAGACGAGGGCUUCUAUGACUGUAUCGCCAUCAGCAGCGCUGGAACUGGAAGAGCCCGGACCUUUCUGGACGUCUCAGAGCCUCCUCCAGACAUCACAGUACCCUUCAAUGUAACAGCGUCUCCAGGCUCCACUGCACUCCUGACCUGCGUGGUGGCCAGCACCGUGCCAUUUAACCUGACCUGGCAGCGGGGUGGCAUCGAUGUUCGACUGGGCACCCGUGCUUUUAUCACCACAAACCUGUCACUGGAGAUCCAGCGCAUAACACAGGAAGAUGCUGGCUGGCACAGUUGUGUCGCCACUAAUGAGGGUGGAGCGUCUACCUCUCAUGUCUACCUCAGUGUACAAGCCCCACCAGUGGUGACUGUAAACCCACAGAACCAAACCUUCAGUACAGGAAUGGAGGUGCGGAUCAGGUGCACGGCUAAAGGCUACCCCUCUCCCGCAGUGGUGUGGACCCACAAUGACAUGUUCAUUACAGACUUUAUGAGGCACAGGAUGACGCCAGAUGGUACACUCGUUAUCAAAAACACUGUACAAAAGGAUGCAGGGGUAUAUGGUUGUCUGGCCAGCAAUGUAGCAGGAACAGAUGCGAAGACUGCUCUUCUCAGCUAUAUUGAGUCUCCCCAGGUGACAGUACCAGAAAGCAGGCUGCUGAUUGGAUUAGGACAGGCUGCCGUUAUGGAGUGUACUGUAACAGGAAUUCCACAGCCAGAGGUCCUGUGGUACAAAGGUGACCACCAGGUAAAGUCAUCUGUGUUUGUCAAUAUGGAUCCAAAGCGGGGCAUCCUGAACAUUCGGCAGAUUGAGGCUGGCGAUGCAGGCGACUACAUCUGCGUGGCAGUGAACCUGGCAGGCAGCGCACAGGGAAAGAUCAGACUGGACGUGGGCUCUCUUCCUCAGUUCACGAGGCAGCCAUCGGAUAUUGCAGCAGACAUCGGGUCUGACCUCACCCUGCCGUGUCAAGCCCAGGGUCAUCCAGAACCACGAAUUACCUGGAGACGAGAGGACAACGCUGCCCUUUCCUCUCAUCGCCAUGGUCACAGCACUGUCAGUCAAAAGAGGGGCGGAGACCUGGUCAUAACAAACCUCUGGAUAGAAGAUGGGACCACCUAUGUGUGUGAAGCUCAAAACCAGUUUGGUAAAAUCCAGGUUAAGGUCAAAGUCACUGUUACUGGACUGGUCCCUCCCACGAUAGCGCUGAUUCCAGCAGAGGUCAGGGUGGUAGAGGAGCAGCAGGUCACUUUACCCUGUGUGCUGCUUGCCGGAAACCCGCUGCCUGAGAGACACUGGCUUCAUGAGAAUACCCUGGUGACAUCCAGCCCCUAUGUGAGUAUUCGACGUGAUGGCAGUCUGCAUAUUGAGCGAGUCAGUGUGCAUGAUGGCGGAAUGUAUACAUGUGUGGCUGAAAAUGUGGCAGGAUCCAGCAACCACACCACCACUGUCCACAUUUAUGUGAUGCCCACAAUUCAACAUGGUCCUCAAGUCUUCAGUACCAUAGAGGGAACGCCCAUUUCUCUCCCCUGCCAUGCCCGUGGAGUGCCCAAACCAGACAUCACCUGGGCUAAGCAUGGAGAGCUGCUGGAUCUGAGCAGUGGAGCAUUUUAUCUGGAGGAGGAUGGCAGUCUGCACAUUGUGUCACCCGGAGCGAAUGAAUCUGGAGAGUUUGUAUGUACGGCCACUAAUGCAGCUGGAUACAGCUCCAGAAAGGUCCAGCUCACUGUCUAUGUAAGACCCAGGCUGAGUGGUGCUGGAGCUGGAGGUUUGUCUGGAUCUGGAGAACCAUUAGACAUGUCCGUAAAGGUGGGUGAUGAUGUCACACUACCUUGUGAAGUACGAAGUCUUCCACCUCCAAUCAUCACCUGGUCCAAAGACAAGCAACUGAUAUCCCCUUAUUCUCCAAGACACACUCAACUUCCCUCAGGCUCAAUGAAGAUCACAGAGAUGCGCCUGACAGACAGUGGCACAUACCUGUGUGUGGCAACGAACAUCGCUGGCAACUUCAGCCAGGUCAUCAGACUCAGCGUCCUUGUUCCUCCACGCAUCCUGCCAGGACCACGUGUGAUCAAGGUCUUGGUGGCGCAUUCCAUAGACCUGCCUUGUGUGGCCCAGGGUGUGCCUCAGCCCUCUGUGAGCUGGAUGAAAAACAGCACCGCUCUGGUGGUGGAUGGCUUUCAUUACAAGCUGUCCCCUGAUGGAACUCUGACUGUCCGUGAGGUGGCGCUGACUGACGAGGGUGUGUACGCCUGCGUGGCCAGCAGUGUUGCGGGACAGGACAAGGCCAGUAUUCAGCUACAGGUACAAGUUCCCCCUGUAGUGGAGGUGUCUGAACCCCCCUUCAAUAGCCCUCUGCAGGAGAGAGUGACCAACCAGCGUAUUGCUUUUCCCUGCCCUGCCAAAGGUUUGCCUCAGCCAGUAAUUAAGUGGUUUCGGAAUGGUCAGGAGCUGACAGGGAAUGAACCCGGAGUGUCCAUUUUGGAGGAUGGAACCCUGCUCAUUCUGGCCUCAGUGUCACCGCUGGAUAAUGGAGAGUACACCUGUACAGCUGCCAACGAUGCCGGCAGCACUGAGAAAAAAUACCAGCUCAAAGUCAAUGUUCCCCCUGGAGUGCGAGAUGCCGGCCUAUCAUCCAACAUCUCUGUGGUGAUGAACCAGCCCACAAGUUUGGUGUGUGAUGUCACUGGCACACCUCCACCAGUCAUCACAUGGUACAAAGAUGGUGUGCAGGUGGUUGCCAACAGUAAUGUACAGAUCUUGCAGAAAGGAAAGACGCUGAGAUUGCUCAAGGCUGCUACAGUUGAUGCAGGUCUCUACAGCUGUAAGGCCAUCAACAUUGCAGGAAGUACAGAGAAAGACUUUACUCUGAAUGUACUGGUUCCACCUACCAUCAUUGGAAGAGGUGGUUCAUCUGACCUCUACGCUGUUCUCAAUCAGGAGAUCAGUUUGGAGUGCAAGGUUAAAGGCGUGCCCUUUCCUACAAUACAGUGGUACAAAGACGGGAAGCUGAUGUUUUUGGGGGAAGCCAACGUUGAGGUGUUGGACCGAGGUCAAUUGUUAAAAAUCAAAAGUGCACGGUUAGGGGAUCAGGCACGGUACCAGUGCAGUGUCUCCAACUCUGCAGGAAAGCAGUCCAGAGACUUCAGUCUCAGCAUUUAUGUGCCACCCAGUAUAAAGGGAUGGAACGUGACCUCAGAGGUGACGGCUCUUCAGGAUAACCCGGUCACUCUGGAGUGUGAGGUGCGUGGAAUACCCCUCCCUGCCAUUACCUGGUAUAGGAAUGGAGAGGCCAUUCUGUCCAACAGACAGGCACAGUAUGUGGAGCGUGGUCACUUCCUGAAGAUUUCCCGUGCUCAGGUGUCAGACACUGGCCGCUACACAUGCAAGGUGACAAGCAUGGCUGGAACUGCUGAGAAGGCUUAUGAGCUGGAUGUCUAUGUUCCUCCCUCUAUUGCUGGAGGUUUGGACGUCCCUGUGCAGAAGAAAGUUGUUAUAAAUAAAACUCUGACACUGGAGUGUAAGGCAGCCGGUCACCCACCACCCUCACUCACCUGGCUGAAGGACGGUUCCCCUGUGAAAGCUAGGCAGAACCUGCAGCUUCUGGAACAGGGUCGCAGGAUCCAGCUUCUGAAUGCGCUUCCCUCUGAUUCUGGCUUCUAUGUGUGUGUAGCGACCAGUGUUGCAGGAGAGAUGGAGAUCAAGUACGAUGUCAACGUGUUAGUACCACCCACUGUAGACGGAGCAGAUCGGAGCAUAAAUUCAACCGUGAUCAUAAACAACAUUCUCGAAUUAGAGUGUCAUGCUACAGGCACUCCUCCGCCAACCAUCACAUGGCUGAAGAACAGACAGCCACUGAGGCAGGGAGACGGGGUGAGGAUUUUACCAAACGGACGUCGUCUGGUCAUCUCACGUGCUCAGACCUCCGACACAGCACUGUUCCAGUGUGUGGCCACAAAUGAAGCAGGAGAGCAGGAAAAAGACUUUAAAGUUGUAGUUCAUGUCCCUCCGUCGAUUCGUUCUUCUGGUCCUGCUGAGCGCUCAGUGGUCCUUCACAAUGCGGUGAGCCUUCAGUGUGUGACCAAUGGCGUUCCAGCUCCCAGCAUCACCUGGCUCAGAGAUGGUCAUCCUGUAGACAUCACACAGGGUUUACUUAAGCUGGAAUCUGGAGGCAGGGUUUUACAUAUUAAAGAGGCCAGAUUAGAGGAUGCAGGCAAAUAUACCUGUGUGGCCACCAACGCCGCAGGAGAGGCACAGCAGCAUAUUCGCCUCAGUGUGCAUGAGCCUCCCAUCAUCGAGUUUGCUGGAGAAACAGUUAAUCAAACUAUCCUAUCUGGAUAUCAAAUCCAGCUGCAGUGUAAAGUAACAGGCAGUCCUGUUCCAGCUAUAACCUGGUAUAAGGAGGGUCGGCCACUGAGCACCGCAGCAGGCGUGAGCAUCCUAAGCCGAGGCCAAGUGCUGGAGAUCGACCGUGUUCAGGUAGCUGAUGCUGGACUCUACAGGUGUGUUGCAGUCAAUGUGGCUGGAACAGCAGAACUAACACACAGCCUACAGGUGUAUGUACCCCCCUCCAUUACCAGUAAAGGAGGAAUGGUGACAGUCGUGGUGAAUGAACCAGUUAAACUGGAGUGUGAGGCCUCAGGUCUGCCACUACCCAGUCUUACCUGGCUCAAAGAAGGUAGUCCUGUCUCCAGCUCAUCUAAUGGUAUCCAGGUGUUGUCAGGAGGCAGGGUGCUGUCUUUCAGGAGUGCUCAGGUGAGCGAUACGGGCCACUACACCUGUGUGGCAGUAAAUGCAGGUGGAGAGCAGCAAAGAGAGUAUGAUCUACUUGUCUACGUUCCACCCAACAUCAUGGGUGAGGAGGUCAACAGCACUGUUCUGAUUGGUCGAUCAGUGGACUUGCAUUGCAGGAGUGAUGCCAUCCCCCCUCCCACUUUGACCUGGCGUAAAGAUGGACGGCCACUCUACAGGAAGCCGGGAAUGACCAUGUCUGAGGAUGGCAGCUUAUUGCAGAUCACAAAUGCUCAGAUACAGGACACAGGCAGGUAUACAUGUGAGGCAACCAACGUGGCAGGCAAGACAGAGAAGAACUACAAUCUGAACGUGCUGGUUCCACCUAGUAUUCGUGGCUCUGAUAAAGUGUCUCCAUUGACGGUGACCGAGGGUGGCCUCAUUACUCUGGUCUGUGAGUCCAGUGGCGUCCCCCCUCCCAGCCUCACAUGGAGGAAAAAUGGUGUGGAGCUAAGGGCGGACUCGCGUGCACGGGUGUUGUCUGGGGGACGGCAGCUACAGAUCGCCAGUGCAGAGAGGACUGAUGCUGCCUCCUACACCUGCACAGCAUCCAGCUCUACUGGCAAGGCCGUCAAGGAGUACAGCCUGCAAGUCUAUGUUCGUCCAUCCAUUAGUUCAUCAGGCAGUGGAAAGGAAGAGGUGACUGUGGGGCGAGGAUUAGACAUCACCCUGCAGUGUGAGACUGAUGGAGUACCCAGGCCUGCCAUCACCUGGCUAAAAGAUGGAAGACCACUAAACUCUGGCUCUGGAGCUCAAAUUCUGAAUGAAGGUAGACUGCUCCGCAUUAGAGACGCUCAGGUGGUUCACACUGGACGAUACACCUGCAUCGCUGUCAAUGUGGCUGGACAAGCUGAGAGCAAAUAUGACAUCACUGUUCAUGUUCCAGCAAGCAUCAGUGGGCAAAUCGGGAGGCCAGAGAACGUGAGUGUGGUGGUGAGAAAUCCGGUGGCCCUCACGUGCGAGGCAUCUGGCAUCCCCCUGCCUGUCAUCACCUGGUUAAAAGACGGCCAGCCAAUCAGCUUGUCCGGCUCUGUCCGAGUCAUCUCAGGUGGGCGGAGUUUACGCUUGACGCAUGCUUCAGUGGAAGAUGCUGGGAGGUACACCUGUGUCGUCUCGAAUGUUGCUGGAGAGGACAGGAAGAACUUUGAUCUGGAUGUACUGGUUCCUCCAAGCAUUGUGAAUGAGGGUGGGAUGCAGGACGUGAAGGUAAAGGAGGGACAGAACAUCACCCUUACUUGCGAGGUCACUGGACACCCUGUCCCAGAGAUCACAUGGCUAAAAGAUGGUCAGCCAGUGCUGGGUGAGGCACGGGUUCAGGUGAUGUCGCAUGGACGCUUCCUGCAGAUACAAGAUGCCCAGGUGGUCGACACAGGCAGGUACAGCUGUCUGGCUUCCAACAUUGCCGGGGACAGGAGCACCCACUUUAACCUUAACGUCCUCGUUACUCCCACCAUCACUGGAUCAGGACCGGAGGGAUCUUCUGAGGAGGUGACGGUAACUCUGAACAGCCCUACGUCUCUGGUGUGUGAAGCUCAAUCAUACCCACCCGCCAUCAUUACCUGGCUUAAGGAUGGCACGCCGUUUGAGUCCACCCGCAACGUCCGAGUGCUGCCAGGAGGCCGGACCCUGCAGAUCCUGAAUGCACAGGAAGAGGAUGCUGGGAGGUACACAUGCGUGGCCACCAACGAGGCCGGAGAGACCCUGAAGAACUACGAGGUCAAAAUUUAUAUUCCUCCUAUUAUCAGUAAGGACAAUGUAGCAGGAGAAGGAUUCGCCCCAAAAGAGGUCAAAAUCAAAGUAAACAACACCCUGACCCUGGAGUGUGAGGCCCAAGCAAUCCCAACCCCUACUCUACAGUGGUACAAGGAUGGCCAGAUCCUGAAGGAAGAUGGGCACAUUACAAUAACACCCAAUGGCCGAAUAGUUCAGAUAAAGCAAGCUCAGGUAUCCGACACAGGCCGAUACACCUGCAUCGCUACCAACAUUGCUGGAGAGGAUGAAAAGGACUUUGAUGUAAAUAUACAAGUUCCUCCUAGCUUCCAGAAGAAUGGGGACCAUGGCUCUGGUAUUGCCACUGUUGCUGAGGCAAAGGAUGUCAUUCUGAAUAAUCCCAUCUCCCUGUAUUGUGAAACCAAUGCUGUCCCACCUCCGACUCUCACCUGGUACAAAGAUGGCCGACCAAUCACCUCAACUGACAGAGUUCUCAUCUUACCAGGUGGUAGGGUGCUUCAGAUUCCCCGAGCUCAAACCGAGGAUUCUGGGAAAUACACAUGCGUCGCCAUCAACGAAGCAGGAGAAGACUCAGUCCAGUAUGAUGUCAGAGUAUUGUUACCUCCCUCUAUCCGUGGAUCUGACAGAGAUGUUCCUGAUGAGCUGACAGUGUUGGUGAACAAGACCACUCUGCUGGAGUGCCAUGCAGAUGGAAUGCCUACUCCUAAAAUCAGCUGGAUCAAAGACAGCCUGCCUUUACACCCAGACAGAACACAUACACUGCUGUCUAAUGGCAGAACACUGCAGAUUUUGAACGCACAGGUGACUGACACAGGCCGCUAUGUGUGUGUGGCUGAAAAUGUUGCCGGAAGUGCAGAGAAAUACUUCAGUCUUAAUGUGCAUGUUCCUCCAUCUGUGGUGGGUGUGAGUGAAGAAAAUGCUACAGUGGUAGUAAAUAAUUUCAUCUCUCUGAGCUGUGAGGCAACUGGCUUCCCUCCUCCUACUCUGAGCUGGCUUAAAGACAGGAGACCUGUACGAGCCAACAGCAAUGCUAUAAUCAUGCCAGGAAGCCGGACAUUGCAGAUUCUAAAGGCUAAGCUGUCUGAUGGUGGAAAGUACAGUUGUGUGGCCAUGAAUCCAGCAGGAGAAGCUCACAAGUUCAUCUACCUUACAGUCUUUGUUCCCCCCAGCAUCAAGGACAGCAUUGGAGAUUCUCCUGCAGUGAUCAGUGUGCGUGUGGGAAACUCGGUCACUCUGGAGUGCCAGUCUAACGCCGUGCCCCCUCCCACUAUCACCUGGUACAAAGAUGGACGGCUUAUUAGCGAAACAGCCAAUCUUCGCAUCCUCGCUAAUGGACAGAUGCUGGAAAUUAAAGGAGCAGAGGUGUCCGAUACGGGCCAGUAUGUCUGCAAAGCCAUCAAUGUUGCUGGUCAGAUGGACAAGAACUUUCAUCUCAACAUCAAUGUACCUCCAAGUAUAGAUGGCCCAGUAGAGGAGCAUGUGGUGGAGACCAUCAGUAAUCCAGUGACCUUUGCUUGCGAUGCCACAGGCAUCCCUCCUCCAAGCCUGACCUGGCUCAAGAAUGGCAGAGUAAUUGAGAAUUCAGAGUCUCUGGAAAUGCACAUCCUGUCUGGGGGUGACAAGUUGCAGAUUGCACGCUCACAGCUUUCUGAUAGUGGCAUAUAUACCUGCCUGGCAUCCAACAUAGAGGGCAAAGCCCGCAAGAGCUACCACCUCACCAUACAGGUGCCUCCAAGCAUCACAGGAUCAGAGAUGCCCAGAGAGAUGAGUGUUUUGCUGAAUGACAGCAUCCAGGUGGUGUGUCAGGCAAAAGGGACUCCAGCACCCACCAUCCAGUGGCUGAAGGAUGGGAACGCUCUGAGCAGCACUGGCCUCAAGAACAUCAGAAUCAGUCCUGAUGGCAGCACUCUCACAAUUACAGCUGCCCAAACUACAGACAGCGGUAAAUAUACAUGUGUGGCCACUAACAAGGCUGGCGAGGAGGACAGAAUCUUCAACCUUAAUGUAUAUGUCCCUCCAGUGAUCCAAGGUAAUAAAGAUGCAGCUGAGGAACUUACUACAGUGCUGGACAGCUCAGUAAACAUCGAGUGUGUGGCCAGUGGAUUUCCCCCACCUCAGCUCAACUGGCUGAAGAAUGGCUUACCUCUGGCCGUGUCAUCCCACGUACGUCUACUAUCUGCUGGACAGGUCCUUCGCAUUGCUCGCACUCAAGUGUCAGACGGAGGCACCUACACUUGUGUGGCAUCCAACCGAGCAGGAGUGGACAACAAACUCUACAAUCUCCAGGUGUAUGUUCCUCCCAGUCUGGAUGGAGCUGGCACUACAGAUGAUGUGACGUUGGUGAGGGGAGGCAUGGUUGCCCUGGUGUGUGUGUCUGAUGGAACCCCUAAUCCAUCACUCUCCUGGCUAAAAGAGGGAGCUGCUCUGCCCGUUGACACUCAUAUCAGACUGCAGAACCAAAACAGCACUUUGCACAUCUCCGACAUUCAGGUAGAUCACACGGGAAGGUACAGCUGCAUCGCACGCAACCAGGCUGGAGAAGCACGGCGGCACUUCAUCCUCAAAGUGCUGGAUCCUCCACGAAUUAAUGGUUCAGGAAUCCCCACUGAGGUAUCAGUGGUGGUGAAUCAUGUCCUAGAGCUUGUGUGUGAGGCAGAGGGCAUACCGGUACCUGUGCUCACCUGGGUAAAGGAUGGUCGACCACUACCUCAGACAGACAGUCUGCGCAUCCUCCGUGGAGGAGAAAUGCUCCGAAUUGCAUCUGCACAGGUGGAGGACACUGGAAGAUACAGCUGUUUGGCCACAAGCCCUGCAGGAGAUGAUGAUAAAGAGUUUUUGGUCAUGGUUCAUGUUCCACCUAAUAUUGCGGGUGAGAAUGUUGUCCAGGAUGUCUCAGUGCUGCAGAACAGGCAGGUGACACUGGAGUGCAAAUCAGAUGCUGUACCACCCCCAACUCAGUCCUGGCUCAAACACGGAGCUCCACUAAAGCUGUCUCCGCGGGUGCGUGUGCUGUCCAGCGGCCGCUACCUGCAGAUCAAUAACGCAGAGCUUGCAGACGCUGGUGGCUACACUUGUGUGGCUAGCAAUGUGGCUGGAGAAACAAGACGUCAGUUUAACCUCAGUGUAAAUGUUGCACCCACUAUUAAGGACAGCCCUCCGACAGUGUCCGUACAUGCCAACCAGCCUGUGGUACUGGAGUGUGUCGUGAGUGGGUAUCCUGCCCCUCGUGUUACUUGGAGAAAAAACGGUGCCGUUCUGGCAGGAAACAAUCCCAGGUAUACUGUUGCUAAGGACGGUUCCCUUCAUAUUCAGUCAGCACAACUGUCUGACACUGGUCAUUACUUGUGCAUGGCAACCAAUCAGGCGGGAACUCAACGGAGGAGAGUGGAUCUACAAGUCUAUGUGCCUCCCUUAAUUGCUGAGGGUCCCACUAAUGUCACAGUGACAGUGAACAUCCAGACCACCCUGUCCUGCGAAUCCACCGGUAUCCCAAAACCCUCUGUCACAUGGACCAAAGACACUCGUCCUCUCAACACAGACCAGAACCAGAACAUGUACAGGCUGCUUUCAUCAGGAUCUCUGGUUGUCAUAGCACCAACAAUAGAUGACGCAGCACUGUAUGAGUGUGUCGUGUCCAAUGAAGCCGGCAAGGACAGUAGAACCAUCCAGCUCACUGUACAUGUGCCACCAUCCAUUGCUGAUGAGGCUACGGAGUUGGUGGUAAACAGACUAUCCCCACUAGUGAUCGGUUGUACUGCAUCUGGAUUUCCAAACCCAGUCUUGCACUGGAGCAAAGAUGGGAAGCGAUUGGUCGAACAUGGAGAGGGCUACAAGAUGCUCCUCACUGGUGCUUUGGAGAUCGAAGCUGCAGAGUUGAGUCACACUGGCCAUUACUCAUGUGUGGCUAAGAAUGCUGCUGGAUCUGCCCAUCGUCAUGUACAGGUCGUUGUGCAGGAGCCACCAGUGAUCCAAGCUCACCCACCGACAUUGGACGUGAUCCUGAACAACCCUGUGACUUUGCCUUGCCGUGCUUUGGGCACCCCACGCCCCACCAUUACCUGGCAGAAAGAAGGCAUUAACAUCCACACGUCAGGAGGUGAUUUCACUGUUCUGCCCAAUGGUGGCCUGCAGAUCUCCCAGGCUAGAGUGGAAGAUACUGGUACCUACAUGUGUGUGGUACAAAAUCCAGCAGGCACAGCACUAGGCAAGACUAAACUCAGGGUACAAGUACCUCCAGUCAUCAGUUCAAGCACCAAGUCCUACAAGGUUGCUGUGGAUGGGUCAGUAACUCUGCAGUGCCAGAUUGAUGGUUUCCCAACCCCAUCGGUCAUCUGGCAUAAAGAUGGGCAGUCUGUGGUAGAAUCUGUGCGCCUGCGCAUCCUCAGUUCUGGGUCUUUGCAUGUAGCAUUUGCCCAGCCAGGAGACACGGGCAGAUACACCUGCACUGCAGCCAACGUGGCAGGUAGCAGCAGUCUGGUGAUGAGCCUCACUGUGCUAAUCCCUCCCAGCAUUCGCAGAGGUGAAACAGAGCUGCUGGUGGUGGAGAAUACUCGCGCUGUGUUUGUGUGUGUAGCUGAGGGCGUGCCUCACCCCAGCAUCAGUUGGGAGAAAGAAGGCAUUGCUCUGACCGACACAACAGGAGAAUAUACCAUCCUGUCCUCAGGAGAACUUGUCAUAGACGAUGCUCAGCCCGAGGAUGCUGGGAGUUACACAUGCGUGGCCGCCAACACAGUGGGGCAGGACAGCCAGACCAUCGAUCUAUCUGUUCACACACUCCCAGCAUUCACUGAGCUCCUGGGAGACAUGGCUCUCAACAAAGGCGAACGUCUGGUACUGGUCUGUGCAGCCACAGGAAUCCCUCCACCUAAAAUCACCUGGGCGUUUAACAAUAACUUUAUUCCAGCUCAGUAUGACCAUCUGAAUGGUCAGAGUGAACUGGUGAUUGAACGUGUGAGUAAGGAUGAUGCAGGCACGUAUUCCUGUGUAGCAGAGAACCAAGUGGGAUCUAUCAAAUCUUUGGGUUUUGUCUAUGUCAAAGAGCCUCCUGUAAUAGAUGGGAAUGUCCAUUCAAAUCAUAUUGAGCCUCUGGGUGGAAAUACAAUUCUAAACUGCGAAGUACGAGGAGACCCUUUGCCCACCAUUCAAUGGAGCAAGAAGGGCAUCAACGUCCAGAUCAGCAACCGCAUCCGCCAACUGGAAAAUGGUUCUCUGGCCAUUUAUGGCACUGUGACUGAGGAUGCAGGUAGCUAUGUGUGUGUUGCUUCAAAUGAUGCUGGAGUGGUGGAAAGGACAGUUACUCUCACAUUACAAAGCUCUCCCAUCUUUACAGUGGAACCAGCGGAUUUAGUUGUGGACUCAGGCUCCACUGUGGUUCUUAACUGCCACGCACAGGGUGAGCCCACACCUGUCAUUGAGUGGGCACGACAAGGGCGCCCUUUGCUGGCUAAUGAACGCAUCACCCUGUUAUCCAACGGCUCGCUGCGGCUCAGCAGCGCUCAAAAAGAAGACACCGCCAAGUACGAGUGUGUGGCACGAAACCUCAUGGGCUCAGCAGUGGUGUAUGCAGCUCUGACAGUACGUGUUCAUGGAGGAUACUCUGAGUGGAUGGAGUGGGGUGCAUGCAGUGUGUCUUGUGGAACAGGAGUUCAGAAGAGGCUAAGACAGUGUAACAACCCUCAGCCUGCCAACGGUGGGCGUCAUUGCCCAGGCUCAGAUUCUGAGACUCGCAGCUGCCAAGGCAAACCCUGCCCAGUGGAUGGUCAGUGGUCAAAGUGGUCAAUUUGGGAGGAGUGCUCUAGUACCUGUGGUCAGGGAAACAGGACAAGGACACGCACCUGCAGCCAACCUACAGCUCAGCACGGAGGCAGACCCUGCGAGGGCAGAGCGGUGGAGGCCAUCAUGUGCAGCAUCAGACCUUGUCCUGUGUCUGGAAACUGGGGCACCUGGCUGCCAUGGAGCCCUUGCAGCGAAACAUGUGGUACUGGAAUGCAGACCAGAAUCCGGCUGUGCAACAGCCCUCCGCCUUCUUUUGGUGGACCACCAUGUCAAGGACCAGACACACAAACUCAAGUGUGCACUGAGAGGAGCUGUCCUGUGGAUGGCAAGUGGUCAUCAUGGGUAAGCUGGGGAGCCUGCAGCGUUUCCUGUGGAGGUGGAACCAGACAGAGGACACGCCUGUGCGCCAGCCCCGCCCCCAAACAUGGAGGAAGGCAAUGUGAAGGAAACGAUGUCCAUAUUGACUUCUGCAACAGUGAACCAUGCCCCAUCCAUGGUAACUGGGGCCCGUGGAGCAGCUGGGGCAGCUGCAGCAGGACUUGCAAUGGUGGUCAGAUGCGCCGCUACAGAACGUGUGACAAUCCCAGACCAGCUAAUGGUGGUAGAGCAUGUGCUGGGACAGACACGGAGGUCCAGAAGUGUAGCACAGUGAGCUGCCCUGUCGAUGGUAAUUGGGGUCCAUGGCAACCAUGGGGUGAGUGCUCCGUCUCCUGUGGUGUGGGGGAACAAACAAGAGUCCGGUUCUGCAACAAUCCAGCUCCUACCAACAAGGGUCGCUCCUGCCCAGGCGACUCCAACCAGCUUUCCAGGUGUAACAACCAGCCAUGUCCAGGUGGUCCUCAGAGGGCCAGAGGCAGCAUCAUUGGAACAAUUAACAAUGUGGAGUUUGGUAUUGCCAUCCUUAAUGCCACCAUAUCCAGCAGUCCAUCAAGUGGAAGAGUGGUACACGCCACCAUCAGUAACGUACCCAGGAGUCUUGGACCUGGAAUGAGAAAACUCAUCUCCCUUCUGAACCCAAUCUACUGGACCACAGCUCUGGAGCUUGGCGAAGCCGUCAACGGCUACACCCUUACAGAUGGCAUCUUCAGGCGAGAGACUCAAGUGGAGUUUGCCACAGGGGAGAUUUUAGGGAUGACGCAUGUAGCUCGUGGGCUAGACUCAGACGGUGUUCUGCUGGUGGACAUUGUGGUGAAUGGGCACAUCCUUGAUCUGCCUUCGAAUGCAGAAAUUGGGCUUAAGGAUUACACAGAGGAUUAUAUCCAGAUCGGUCCUGGGCAGCUGCACGCUCUGUCCACACGUAUGUUCAGUGUAGACAGAGUGAGUGUUCCUUAUUCCUGGAACCACACCAUCAUAUAUGAGCCUUCCAGGGGCAAGAUGCCUUACCUGGUACAGACACUGCACGCCUAUUCUAUCAGUGCUCAGUACCGUCCCUUAGAGGAGAUGCUAGAGUUCACAAUCCAUACUUCCAUUUCCAAGGGUGAACGAAGUAACCAGUGUCCUAAUGGCUUUCUGCUAGACCCAGCUGGACCCUACUGUGCUGAUGAGAAUGAGUGUGUGGAAGGCAACCCCUGUUCCCAUACCUGCCAUAAUGCUAUAGGAACGUACUACUGCUCUUGCCCUAGAGGACUCACGAUCUCUGCUGAUGGCAGGACAUGCCAAGAUAUUGAUGAGUGCUCACUGAGCGGACACAUGUGUCAUGAUGGACAGGACUGCGAGAACACCAUCGGCUCUUACCGCUGUGUGAUGCGUUGUGGACGGGGUUUCAGAAGAACAGCAGAAGGCUUGAGCUGUUCAGAUAUAAACGAGUGUCAGGAAUCCAAUCCAUGCCACCAGCACUGUCUCAACACAAUUGGAAGUUUCCGCUGUGCCUGUCAGCCAGGAUAUCAAGUCAGGAACCGUCGCUGCAUCGACAUCAACGAAUGCAGACAGAGAGUAUGCCGGUCAGACCAGCAGUGCAAGAACACACGUGGUGGCUACUCCUGCAUUGAGCUCUGUCCUACUGGUAUGACCAAGGGAGCCAACGGCACGUGUGUAGACAUCGAUGAGUGUCGGGACGGUACGCACCAGUGCCGUUACAACCAGAUCUGUGAGAACACCAGGGGAAGCUACCACUGCACCUGCCCCAGAGGCUUCCGCUCUCAAGGUGUAGGGCUACCCUGCAUUGACAUAAACGAGUGUGAGCGGGUCCCACUGCCAUGUGCCUACCAGUGUAUGAACACCCCAGGCAGCUACAAGUGCAUUUGCCCUCCGGGGCGCCACCUGCUGGGUGACGGCAAGUCCUGCGCUGGGCUGGAACGUUUGCCCAGCUACGAAAGCUUCUCGUACGGUUUCCACACCUCACAGACCUCCCCUGAGCGGAGCUCCUCGCGGCAUCGCUACCACAGCCUGGCAUCUCAAAGCUACCACACUUUCGCUGUGACUGGGGGGCAGUACAGGGUCAACAUUCCCUCCUCACGCUAUCGUAGGGCCAUAAAGGUCUGUCCUUAUGGCUUUAGUGCACAAAAGAACAAGUGCAUAGAUAUCAACGAGUGUGAGCAAAGGGACACGUGCCAGCAUGAAUGUAUUAACACACAAGGUAGCCACAAGUGUUUGUGUCCAGCUGGCUAUCGUCUCAUGACCAAUGGCAAAACCUGCCAAGACGUUGAUGAGUGCUUGGAGCAGAAUAUUCAGUGUGGCCUGAACAGAAUGUGCUUCAACACGAGAGGCAGCUACCAGUGCAUCGAUACGCCGUGCCCACCGAACUACCAGCGAGACCCAGCCUCAGGUUUCUGCCUGAAGAACUGCCCUGCCAAUGACCUCGAGUGUGCCUCGUACGCCUUGGAGUACAAGCUGCUGUCUCUGCCUUUUGGCAUCGCUGCCAACCAGGACCUGAUCCGACUGGUGGCCUACACUCAGGACGGCGUGGUGCACCCACGUACCACUUUCCUGCUGGUGGAUGAGGACACCACACUUCCCUUUGCCCUGCGUGAUGAGAACAUGAAGGGCGUCUUGUUCACCACACGCCCGUUGCGAGAGCCGCACACCUACCGCAUGAAGGUGCGAGCGCUGUCUUAUAGCAUUGACAGGAUCAUCGAGUACCAGACCACCUUCAUUGUUUACAUCUCCGUCUCAGCUUAUCCCUACUGAGAGCACUUUACUAGGACUAUGCAUUUUGGGUCAUGAAUGAGUGUAUGAGCGGGUGUGUUUGUGUGUUUAGCUGUAUAUAUAUCCACCACUUGAAAAUCCAUUUUUUUUGAGAGGCCACAUAAAGUGAAGAGCCGAGCUGCAGUGCUAAGAGAGUGUUAAUAAAUAAAGAGGACUUAACAUUAACCCUUGGGGUACUCCAAAAGAGAAUCUGCUUUACCUGUGGCUGGACUCCAUGGUGAAGCCUGAAGCCAAUCCAGUCCUGUGCAUUCAGACAAGCCUCUUUAAGAAAUUCGUCCUCUUUUUCAAGGACAAAGGCUGGUCAAAAAAGAAAAAGGCCAAUGUGUGUGUAUGUCUACCUAUUAACUUAACGGACAGUGCUUGAAAAUAAGCAACAGCGGCAGAAAUUUUGACUAGUCCAGUCCAGACAAAUCAUGUUGUAAUGUUGGUCCAGAGAAAUUAACUUGCCAGCAAGACCAAGAGUGUCCAGAAAUAAACGAUAACAUCCAUCUCAGGUAAGCACUGUUUCCCUUUAUAAAGCAUUUUUGUCUAUGACAUGUUUAUAUGUACUUACUAUCAUUGUGUUUGUAGAAUCUCAUUACAUGUUAAUACACAAGUAAAUAAGACCAUACCAAAGAUGUAUUCUAUUUUUAAUUAUUUGUAUAUAAGCAUUUGCUUUGUAUUCUUUGUUGUCUUGAUAUUUUUUAUUGUAUUAAUUGUUUUAUGCAAACAAUAAAUGGACAAUCUAA